AGAAAUACAGAUUAUUCACAGGACAAGCUGUCAACUUGAACAAAUCAGCCAUUUUCUUCAGUAGAAACACUCCACAACCUCUUCAAGCUAUAAUUUGCUCAGCUCUCAAUGGUAUUACUUCUCAUAGAUCAACAAGGUACCUUGGCUUACCACUUGGCAUUGGGAAAUCUAAAAAGGAG